GCACCGUUCCCCGCCGCGCCCUCUGCCAUUCCAUCUCUCUUUCUGCAUCGCCUCUCAAAAGCAAAAACAACAAGAAAAACAGCCCUCCUUUCUCCGACGAUGGAAACUAGGAAGACGAACUCUUCACAUUCUUCAUUUAUUUCGACUCCUUCGAAGCCCAGAAAGCCUCCUCGUCACUCAACUCCCAAAUCCAAACAACCCACUGAUGGCUUCACAACACAGACGCCCGACAAGCCCUCGACGGAGCCGGCAACCGGACCCGUCCGCCGCCUACGCAACCGCUACGUGGCCCUCUCGCUGACUGAAAUCAAAAGGGCGGCCACUCAAUCCAGCCCAACCGAUCAGGGUGUGUCCCGCCGCCGGACCCCCAAAUCUGCCCGCCGCCUGAUCGAUUCUUUGCCUCAUGCCCCAUCUCCGUCUGUCCCUGCCGCGAAACCUGGGGUUUCCAGUCGUGAUAGCUCUGCUAAGAUCCCUGAAAAGUACCAGGUGCUGAUUGAGUUUUUCAACUGCUUAGAUAGUUCAAUUCGAUUAGUGCGGCUGAAGGGCUCGUCCCCUAGUUUCUCCAACAUUUACCCUAAAAUUGAAUCCCUAACGGGCAGGAGAUUUUCUCCUAGAAAUUUGGCUCAAUUGAAGUAUAUAUUACCGGAUGCUAUUGAGAUAAAGAAGGUGAUGAAGUUUGACGAACGGACAAGUUGUAUGAAGCCUGAUCUCCAUGUUACUCUCAAUCCUGAUGGUAUUGAGCUGGACGAGUUAGCGAAAUCUGAGGACAAGUUUAGCCUUUUGAGGAAGAUUUUCCUCAAACGCAUUGAGGCAUUUUGUCAAUCCCACCCUGAGGGUGCUGAAGUUCCUGAAGAGAUGCUGCCGGAACCAUUCAAUUAUAGAAAGGGCGAUACGAAUGCGGAUACUCCUCAGUACAUCAAUGCAUCCUUAGACAUCGACCACAGAGCUACUGCCAGUAGAGAAGGUUGUUGUGGCCCUCCAUUUUCCACAGAGGCUGAAGCACUUGAGAAACUGCAACCAGAAGUAGCUUCUCAUCUUUCGGGGUCUUUUAGGAGGUCCUUCUCCAAUAGGAGAAAAAUCGAAGCACGGAUUGUAGAGAAUGGGUCUUCAAAUGCAUCAGUCAGGGAGGCAUGCCUCACCUCUAGCUCUUCAGUUGUAGAAAUGGGUUCUUCGAAUUCAGUUCUCAGUGCAACAGCAGCCAAACCAACAACCGACAUGGUAUCUUUGGCUUCAGCUUCUCCGGCUGGUGCAUCCAUUACACCUUGCAUUCCUCCAACUCCGAUCAAGGUGAUGGAGGGUGAUGGUGCUUCCUAUGAAAGUGCUCAAGUCCAGUCAACUCCAGCAAAAGUUGCUUUCUCUCCCGCCAGGUUAAUGUCUGCUACACCUGAACCUGGUCAGAAAAAGAGAAGGAAUAUGACCCCUGAUGGCGAUGCUACCAGCUCACCAAACAAGCUGGUAAGGCGCCUACCACGAACCAGGUUGUUUAUAUCAGAUACCUCUGCAACGAAUGCAGAGAAUGAAGUGAAUCGGAUAAGGGUUGUGCCAGUUGAUGAUGAUAUUAUUCUUCCCGAGAGACUUCUUGAAUCGAUAAGAGAGAAGGAGAGAAAGGCUAAUGAAGAGAAGGAUCCAGCCAUCUCGCAAGCAAAGAGGCGGCGACAGAUGAUCGCCUGUUUGCCGAAGCUCUUCAACGUGAUUCAUUUCUUGUUUCAGUCCUUAAGGAGAUCAGUUAUCACCAAGGAGGAACUUAUCCACAAGAUAAUUGCUGGUCAUUCAGAUAUUGUUGACAAAAGAGAAGUGGAAGAGCAGUUAAAAUUGCUGGAGGAACUAGUUCCAGAGUGGAUAUCUGAGAAAAAGGGAUUAAGUGGCGAUUUGCUGUGCUGCAUUAGCAAAACUUCAAACGCAGAGGCCGUGAGAGCUCGUCUAGAGGAAGCGAAGUGAGCUACAAGAAAUUCUCCUUUUUUCCUCUGAUAGGAGCAGCAUAGCGAGAGACAUAGUUGGGCAUAGCUACAGCUGGUCCUUUAUUUAUUAAGAUUAGUAUAGCAAUAUGGUCGUAGCAAGGUUUUGUAAAGGUGAGUUAUUGUUCAGAAAUCUUUGUUUCUUGCUCAAUCCCGGGUACAACAUGCAAUGAAGCUGCAGAUGGUAGGGGAUAAUCACAGAAUCGAUGUAAUUAUUCUGACAUUUCUGGUUUUGUCUUACCUAAUUUAUUUCCUGCUGCAAGAUCCUUGUUCACCACAA